AUGAGUUUGUGGAAUACCGGAAGUAGAAUUGAAAAAUUAGUGCUUCCAGUGUUUUCAGAAGAUGAGCUUUUCUUGGGUAACCUAGAAUCGGAAAAUGGGGAUUACGAAUUGAUAAAUGUAUCUAAUAAUGUACUUACUGAAACAUCUAUGGACGUUACAAAUAUCAGUGGAUCUGAUUUAAAGUCAGAAAUUAAUCACUCAAAAUUUAUUGAAAAAGAAGUUAAUAGAGGAAAGAGCGAAUAUCUGGCAUUCAUAACAUAUAACAAGAGUAUUAAUAUUCAAGAUAGCUCAAAUAAGAAGAUGGAAAGGAAUGAGAUUGAGAGUAUGGAGGACGAUAGAAAUAAUAAUAAUGAUGAAAACGAAAACGAACAAAUGGAAAUUAUCGCAACUAAAGAAAUGGAAGAGAAUGACACUGAUCCUAUUAUCUUAAAAAACGGGAUUAUUAAUAUAAAAAAAGAAAAUGAGAUUAAAGGAAAAGAAAAUGAAAUUGAAGAACAAGAUUUUUUUUCUUGUAAAUUAUCUUUAGAUCCAGAUGAAACAGUUCAAAUCCACACAAAAAAGGUGAAGAAAGAAGAAGAAAAAAAUAUAAGCUUUCCAAAAGUAAAAGUCCUUAAAUCGAAAAAUAUAUCGUUUGCCAAAUUAGGAAACGAAGAAUGUGAAUUAUGUGAAGCUUAUAAUAUACAUAACUCAGAACACACAGCUGAGUCCUUACGAAGAUUGCGAGAUAUGCUGCAGUUGGAAAGAUGA